UGGCGCUCACAUCGGUUUUUAUAACUCGUCGAUCGGUGACUUUUAAACUACGCUAUCUGAAGAAAAAUAACAAAGAAAAAUCGAAUUCGUAACUUCAAAAUAUGUAUUUUUUACGUUUUCAUUUGUUUAUGUCUUUAGAGAAAUAUACAAGUUACUGACAGUUAUAUUACACGUAAUUUACACCUGUUCCUCGCUAGUAGCCAAAAAAGUGACCUCGACUUAAUAAAAGAUUAGAUAGGAGGAUUGUCAAUGUCAAUAAAGAGAAAAACCGCAACAUUCAAGUUAACUUGUGUUUGUGUUUCUAGCUUUCACUCCAACAGUCAAUAACAGGCUUUUAUCAUCGACCUCCUUCAAGCGUAGGACUACUCGACUUUACGAUGUGAGGUAAACAAAUGUGUUUACGUUGUGCUCAUUAGUCAAAUGUUGUACUGCAGCCUGUUAUAGCAGUCAGAAUAUAAUCGAUAUGUCGGUUGCUUCUGUUGUUUUUAUUGUUAAGAUAAAACAGAAAAAGAAAAAGGCACAUGCUGUGUUUGCACGAGGUAAACAAAUAUCUAGUAAUGGUCUUAUGGUACUGAAAUCCCUCACUCCUUUCAUGGGAAAGACAUGGUCCGAUAAAUCGAAACACAUUAGACACUUCCAUUGAUAUCUGGGCAGCCUGAGUGGUGUCCAAUGCAAUGCAAUAUUUUAUAAAAAUCAUUGAGGCCAGUGCUCAGAUGUACAAUUUUUAAAAAUAUUUGUUGAUAACAUUUUUACUUUUGAUGAAAUAACUAUUUCUUUGAUGAGUUAUGGACUCUUUGUUGAUAUAUUGACACCUAGUUUUAUGUAUGAUUAAACAGCGCCAUCUGCCGUAUACUACUAUAAUAACAUACAAUACAUAACAGAAAUUGGUGUUUUGUCCUUAUCCUUUUAUAAGGUGAUUCGAUGCGCUUUUGUUAUAAUGUUUAACUAGCCCUCCCCCUACACGGUAAGACGCUAAAUCUGAUCCCAGUUAAUCGAAGAAACUGGAAAGUGGGGGGCUUAGGUAAGGGGCUAGCGUACUUGCUUGUGCCCGAACAAUUCAUUUAAGACAGGCUCCCACUGGGACCAAUCAGAAUAGGCCUUGAAAAACAAACGUCUAAUGACCGGCCGCCGUACAGUUGGUAGGCGGGACUUCCGUGUGGGUGUGUAGGAGACUGUAGUAAAAGGAGGUCAAAUGUUCUACAAGAGUUUGCAAUCGUGAAGCUGUGCCCAGGAAAGAUUUACAGGUAGACAAUUGUGUUGGAAUUACACUUGAAGAUAUAAUCUACACUGUCGUUAUUAGAGAAUCGAUUGAGAAAGAAGGCGGUGUUGAGUGUGGUACUUGUAGACAUUUGACUCAUAACGUUAGCUAGCUUGAUGCUAAAGACACAUGACGCGUGCUCGUGGACAUCUCCUUAACUAACGUUAAAACCAGAGUCAAAGUAUGACUUUAGCUGGACAUAAAUCCGUGUUUUUAUCCGUAUAAAGGUUAUGCGUUGUGCAUCUCAACAUACCCUUUAUCAUUAGCUGAGAAGUUUGUUAGCUAGCUGCUGCACUUUGCUGAAACUAAUUUGUUUUUGGAAACGUGUGUCACGGUAACGCUGCUGGUAUGUUUCACUCUAUGCCCCGUCGUCCGAUCUGUGAGAUCGGUGUAACUACAUUAAAGCUUCAAAGCUGCAGGACAUUCAGGAGAACAGUCGAGGAGGGCAGAGGAAAGCUUGAGAGUCUCCCAUGGCUGGAUAGGAGCAUGGGCCUGCUGCUGUCCUGGCUGCAGAGGGCAGGUGUCGGUGCCAGUGAGGCUGCUGGAUCCGUACAGAAGAGGAAGGGCCUGCUCUCCAUAUUUGCCGAUCACUUCGGCUUUGUAACCGGACAGAGGCUCCGGCGUUCGUGCCAGAUCGGAGAGCUUUAUUCUAACCUGUACUCCGAGCGGACCAGGUCGACCCUGGUUGGUAACCUAUGGCGCAGAUUUCAGAGCAAGAAUGCACCCAAUGGGAAGCUGUUCGCGGCCCUGGCUGGUAUAUUCAUGUGGGAUAGUGAGAAGAUUCAAGAUGAAGAAAUUCACAGGUGUGGACUUGAACUACACGAAAUAGAGUCUGUCAAAUGUCAAAACACAGCUUCAGGGACAGCUUCCAGACUUGAACCUGGCUGGGAAGUUGUGAUGGAUAAAAAAGGCUUCAAAGUGUGGAAGCGACCCAUACCUGACAGUCACCUCUACGAAUACAGAGUGUUGGGCUCCUACAACGAUGUCACCCCAAGGCAGUUCUUCAAUGUACAGUUGGAUACAGAGUACAGGAAGACGUGGGAUGCACUGGUUAUCAAGCUGGAAGUGGUGGACAGAGAUGUCUCUACAGGCUCUGAAGUUGUGCACUGGGCUACACACUUUCCUUAUCCCAUGUACUCAAGGGACUAUGUGUACGUGCGCCGCUAUGAUGUGGACCCAGAAAACAACCUGAUGGUUCUGGUAUCCAGAGCCGUCCAGCAUCCCAGAGUCCCUGAGACUCAGGAGUUUGUAAGGGUCCAUUCAUACGAGUCAAAGAUGGUCAUCCGCCCUCACAAGUCCUUCGAUGAGAAUGGAUUUGAUUAUCUGCUGACCUACAGUGAUGACCCUCAGACAGCCUUUCCCCGUUACUGCGUGAACUGGAUGGUGUCAAGUGGUAUGCCUGAUUUUCUAGAGAAGCUGCAUAGUGCCACCUUGAGGGCCAAGAACUUGGAAGUGGGGAUCUUCGACUACGCCAGUGUCAUCAAAUCCAGUGACGCCAACCGCCAAUCGAGCCAGGAGCGCCUCGGAGGAGAAAAGUCACACAAAGGUGGUUCUGGACAGAUCUACGCUUGAGAUGGAUAUUUUAUAGACCUGGGGUUAUGUUGCUGUGUUUUCACGUGCACUUGAACUUCGAUUAUACCCUCCAGCCCAACUUUUAAGUAGAUUGCAUGAACUGCAAAUGGAAGUUGUAACCUACGUUAAAGACAAGUAAAUAAUAUGUCCAUCCGUAGACAUGGCCAAAUCGGUGAUAGAUGAACAAGAACAAUGGACUGUGAAGGCAGCAUUACUGUGCUUUGGUGCAACCGUUUCUGUGGAGAUUUUCAUUCAGACUGCUGACAUUGGCCCUAUAAUGGCCUAACCACGCAGGCAGUGCAAUGGGUUAUUAUUUGCCUCAUUUGGUAAUGAUGUAUUUCUUGUCAAGAUUGAGCCAAAAUUCCUAAUUGUAGAGAUGCUUUUGCCAAAAAACUUCCUCUCAAUUGUCAUUCUAUGUCUUCCAUUGUUCGACAAGGCUCGAGUUUAAAGGCUGUUCAGACCGCAGCCACAUUACUGUAUGUGUGUUUUCAGAGAGAUGUUGUUGAAAUGGACAUGGAACAUGAACUGACUUCUAAUAGACAUCACUAAAACAGAAAACUGUAAACCUACGGCCACAAAUUCUGUACUGACUAUGAAGAAUUGAGGCCUCUGCGGGGAAUUCUUUCUACCACACUCAUGGAUACAAAUGCUUUCCUGUUUGCUUGCAGCAUGGCUUAUUAAUCUUCAUUGGACUGGAUGGGAUGGAAUUUAAAAAAAAAUAUAUCUAAUGAUGCUAUUAUAUAUAAUAUAGAAAAUGUGUGCGUUGACAAAACGGCCUUCUGAAGAUAAACCAGUCCUUCAGCAAUAUGGGCAUAGUGUCUUACAACAACAACUUAAAUCCUCAAAUACAAUUGUACUGAUGCACUUCUCUAUAGACACAUUUAAUGAGUCAAUGCCCUUUUUAGAGAAAUUUGGAACUCUUCUCACCCACCACCAUCCUUUUCCAUUUCAUGUGUUCUCAUAUUUUAGCUCAUAUAUAUAUUUGUUAUGGUGUCCACAACAGACAUAACUGGAGUUUGUACUUUUGAAAUUAUUGGUGUGUGUUUUUUCUUUGUGUUACUCUAGAUCUUGUACAUUCAUAAAAAAGAACAUUGCCUGGAUACUAAAAAUCCCUACUCACAAGCUCUGUAACAUGUUUGUCCUGCAUUUUGAUUUCUUUGGUUUUUGUUAUUUACGUGGGCUCUACUGAAACUAUAAUCCAUCCUUCCAAGUCAUCCUUGUUGUUUUUGGAAUUCAUUUGACAACCCAGUGUUGUGAAUGUACCAAGAGUUUCACAUGAUGUGUGAAAUAAAACCUUGCCUAAUCAAAUACACAGUUUACAGCCUGACAAUCUGGCAAAAAUAUCUUGAAAUUAAUUUUAGUUUAAAAACAUCCCAUCUUGCUCUAAACAUGUUGUCAUAGUCAGGUGGUACAUCUGAGUGAAUACGUGGCAGUAGCUAUCUCAAGAUAAAGCAGAAUGGUGUGAUCCAUAUAAAACAAUAUAUCCACUGUGUAAAAUUCUGAAAUGAUGUAUUUCCAGCUAUUUGAUUCACAAAAAAAUGCCAGUGUAAGCUGUGAUAUACAGAUAUGUUGAAAGUAUGACAUUGGAAAUAAAAUGCAGUUUUUUUAUAUUUAUGUUUUGUGUGGUCAAACAACAUGAACUCUCACGAUAUAUUAACCGAUUAAACAUUGUGUUUGCUAAUGUUCAGUUUGCGAAUGUAUCUGCUAAUGCUCUGCCAUUUGCUGACGGCUUUGUGCCACCUGCCAUAGUCUAGAAGAGUUGUCGCAUAAUUGUGUUUUCUUUUAGCAGGCAGUAUAAUGUGUGUUGUAAUUUGCUUUCACAUGAGAAUGAAUUGGGGACAGAAAAAUAAUUGUGUGCACUUAAUACCCUGUGAUUUCAAGACUGAUUGAAAUGGAAUAGCGAAUAAUCAGAUCAAAUAAACAUUUUCAUCUGUGUCA